ACAUAACUUCCUCAUUCUCUAUCUCUCUCUCUCUCUAGAAAUGGAUAAAAGCAAAACGUUUGGAGAACAAUGGAGGUUUAAUCCGGCGUUUAAACCGCCUGAAACGCCGUUAGAUUCUAUGGAGUUUUUGUCACGCACGUGGAGCGCUUCCGCAACUGAAGUUUCCAGAGCCGUCGUCGUGUCUCCGACUUCUCAACCGCCGCAAAUGCGUUUCUCGGAGAUCCAGAGCGUUUCUGACGUCACUUUGGUGCCGGAAGAUGAAGAGAACGGCGUCGUUUCAGGAAACACUUUCUCUUUCGCUUCCUCUGAAACUUCUUUAAUGGUCAUGGAACGUAUCAUGGCUCAGUCUCCGGAGAUUUCAUCGCCACGGACCUCAGGGAGACUUUCACACAGCUCCUUCACCGAUAGCCCUCCAAUCUCUCCCUGCGACAUCGACGACUUUAAGCAAUUCUACCGUGUAAGCCCAUCCUUCAAUGGUCACAUACGUGGUCCAUCCGCCGUCUCCGGCGUCGCCGGAGGAUCUAAAACUGUCGGCCGGUGGCUGAAGGACCGGAGGGAGAAGAAAAGAGAGGAGACACGUGCACAAAACGCACAACUCCACGCGGCUGUAUCUGUAGCCGGCGUGGCCGCCGCAGUGGCUGCGAUCGCUGUAGCCACCGCCUCUCAGUCAAGUUCUGGAAACGACGAGCAAGUGGCUAAAACUGACUCAGCGGUGGCUUCAGCCGCAACUUUAGUGGCGGCUCAAUGUGUGGAAGCCGCGGAGAUUAUGGGAGCUGAUCGCGAGCACUUGGCCUCCGUUGUUAGUUCUGCGGUCAACGUUCGUUCCGCCGGAGAUAUCAUGACUUUGACCGCCGCCGCGGCCACAGCGUUGAGAGGAGCUGCGACGUUGAAGGCGAGGGCAUUGAAGGAGGUAUGGAACAUUGCGGCAGUGAUUCCGAUGGAGAAGGGAAUACCAAAAGGUGGUGUAGGCGGCGGUUACGGAGGCGAUUUAACACCGGAAGAUAAUUUUCUUGGUGUUUGUAGUAGAGAAUUGCUAGCUAAAGGUUGUGAAUUGCUUAAACGCACCCGCGAAGGCGAUCUUCAUUGGAAAGUUGUUUCGGUAUACAUAAAUACAUCAAAGCAGGUAAUGUUGAAGAUGAAAAGCAAACUUGUUGCUGGGACCAUUACAAAGAAGAAAAAGUAUGUGGUGGUGGAAUUGGUCAAGGCUUUACCAGCGUGGCCUGGCCGCGAAUUGCUCGAGGGCGGAGAGAAUUUGAGGUACUUUGGCCUUAAAACGGCGGAGAAAAGAGUGAUUGAAUUCGAGUGCAAAAGCCAAAGGGAGUAUGAUCUUUGGACACAAGGUGUUUCCACGCUUCUUUCCAUUGCUUCUGAUAGGAGACAUAAAUGUUGAAUUAAGGUAUAGUCUUGGGUUAAGUCAGUACGAAAUGGAAACUAAUGGGACAAAUUUGUAAUAUCUCUCUUUCUUAGGGUGCUUUUUUUUUUUUAGAAUGGGUCUAAAACGUCUAAUUUAUGAAAAGUAAGAUUAUUGUAGUAGAAGAAUAUGUAAAUUACAUAAUAUUCUCGUUUUGUAAGCUACUAUGGUGAUCGGGGAAAUCGGAGGAAGGUAGGGGUUGAAAGUUGAAUUUCUUUUGUUUCUUUUGGGGUGAUUGUAGUAUAGAAAGAAACUGUGUGUGCUUUGAUUCAUGUUUUCGAAAAGUCUUGUGUAAUCGGGUUAAUCUCAUGAGCAAAGAGGCAAAGAGUUCACUUAAGUAAAAGAUUGUUGAUUAUUAUUCAUAAAGCAAAAAAAC